CUUUUUGUGCUAGCCUAACUGGCAACACUGUGUCGCACUGUAAAGUAACUACUGAUACUGAUGUACAUAUGUUAUGUUUUGUACUAUGUACUUAUACUUAUCAUUUAUCAACUUUCAACUAAUACCUAUAUUGAGGCAAGGUAUAGAAUUAACGAAAGUUAAAAUCGUAAUAAUCAAUAAGAUGAGCUAAGGAAUCGAAUCGAAAACGAAUGCGCUUUGAAUUAGCACAUAUUAGUAAAUAAAAACUCUGGUUUAACAAAACAAUGGUCAGAGUUAGUUCAAAGUUCGCUUCUGAGGUAAAAGGAGCGUUUAAGUUUUUUUUAGUAAAACAAAGCACUAAAGCAAUGGGUCCGACGGUUCGGGUGCGGCAGGGAGCGCUGCGCGGCGCGGUGUGCACGCUGCCCGCGCGCUGCGGCGGCGAGCACUACUACAGCUUCAAAGGCAUUCCGUACGCGCGCCCGCCCCUCGGCAAACUCCGUUUCAAGGCCCCGGCGCCGGCGCAACCGUGGCUCGGAGUGCGCGAGGCCGCCGAGCACGGCGCGCCCUGCCCCCAGGUGGACAUGCUCACCGGCCAGCGCCUGCAGGGGAGCGAGGACUGCCUGUUUCUCAAUGUAUAUACGAAGUCUCUUCUACAAGAUUCCAAAUUGCCGGUGAUGGUGUUUAUACACGGCGGGGGAUUCAUGUCGGGGUCGGGCGAUGCGGACAUGUACGGGCCGCAGUUCCUGUUGCAGCACGACGUCGUCCUCGUCACCGUCAACUACAGGCUGGAGAUGCUCGGUUUCUUGUGCCUGGACAGCGCCGAGGUCCCGGGCAAUGCGGGCAUGAAGGACCAGGUGGCCGCGCUGCGCUGGGUGCGGGACAACAUCGACCGGUUCGGCGGCGACCCCGGAAACGUGACGUUGUUCGGCGAGAGCGCCGGAGCGGCCUCGGUGACGUACCACAUGCUCUCGCCCAUGUCCGCGGGUCUGUUCCACAGGGCGAUAGCGCAGAGCGGCGUCUGCAUAGCCGACUGGGCGAGGGGCACCGACGGAAAAGAGAGGGCCAUCAGGGCGGCCAAGUUCCUGGGCCACAAAGGCGUCGGCACGAGCGCCCUACUCGACUUCUUGCAAAAUGUACCUGUCGAUAAACUCGUCAAAAUGACAUUCAAAACGAUGACAGACGACGAGAGGCACCGCGGCCUGCCGAUUCACUUCGCACCGGUUGUUGAGAAACGGUUCGACAACACCGAAGCGUUCCUGACGAAAGAUCCUCUGGACUCGCUGUUGGCUGGCGACUUCAAUAAGGUGCCUCUGAUAGUGGGCUACAACUCGGCCGAGGGUCUCGUAUCCGUUCAGCAUCAAGCGAAAAAAAUUGGAUUCCUUAAUGAAAAUCCAUCUUAUUUCGUUCCCAGAGAAGUAGCUCGGAGAGUGCCCUCGAACACACUGUCGGCUCUGGGAGACCGAGUAAAAUGUUUUUAUUCGGGCGAGCGCGACUGGGCAACGGAGGAUUUAGACAGUUUGGCGGCCAUCCUCUCCGACGUGCACUUCGUGUACAACUGCCACCGGCUGAGCCGGCUGGCGGCCGCGCGCGUGCCCGUCUUCAUGUACCGCUUCGAGUGCGACACGCAGCUCAACGCCAUGAAGCGGCUGCUGCCGCCCCAGCUCGGGGCAGCGCGCGGCGCCUGCCACGCCGACGACCUCUUCUACUUGUUCAGCAACGCGGCCAACCAAACCAGCCACGAGGAGGACCAAGAGUCGCGUUCUUUAAUCUACACCCUCACUAAAUUAUGGACAGAUUUUGCUAAAACUGGUGAACCCACACCGGACGGUUCGGAGCAUAAAAGAUGGCCGUCGCUGAACACGGACUGCUCCCGCGGUCCGUACGUGAUCGCCGACUCCGACUCGGUCGCCGACGCCGAGUCAGUCGCCGACGCCGACUGCCGUCGCGUGCGUUUCUGGAACAAAGUAUACAGGGACCUUCGCCGCUAG